AUGGGUAAGGUUGCUGGCAAUGGCGAAGAUGAGAUUGUUCAGUCUGCCUAUCAUAUCAUGGUAGCAGAAGCAGAGGCUUUCGAAGAAAAUGACCAUGAUCAUUCCGAGGGUGAAGUAGAUGAAGCUCCUCCAGAACUUGAAGAGGUGGGGGCAAGCUACUGUUUCAUUAGAGAGGUUCAAUAUCCUAAGUGGAUUGCAAACAUUGUUCCUGUCAAGAAGAAGAACGGACAACUUCGUGUAUGUGUGAACUUCCGCGACUUAAAUGACGCAUGUCCAAAGGAUGACUUCCCUUUGCCCAUUAUUGAACUCAUGGUGGACGCAACAACAGGGCAUGAAGCUUUAUCCUUCAUGGAUGGGUCAUCUGGAUACAAUCAAAUAAUGAUGGCCUUAGAGGAUGAAGAGCUUACUGCAUUUCACACUCCCAAAGGCAUUUAUUGCUACAAGGUCAUGCCAUUCGGAUUGAAAAAUGUCGGUGCAACAUAUCAACGUGCUAUGCAGAAAAUCUUCGGAGACAUGCUUCACAAGUAUGUGGAAUUGGAUCAGUCAAAGAUAAAGGCCAUUCAAGACAAGCAUGAGCCAAGAAAUCUACACGAGUUAAAAAGUCUCCAAGGACGACUUGCCUUCAUCAGACGGUUCAUAUCGAACCUCGCAGGCCGUUGUCAGCCUUUUAGUCGACUUUUGAAGAAGGAUGUGCCUUUCGUAUGCCAUGAAGCUUGCCAUAAAGCCUUUGAAAGCAUAAAGAAGUACUUGGCAAACCCUCCAGUGUUAGGUGCACCCAUCCUUGGGAAGCCACUUAUCCUCUACAUUGCUGCUCAAGAGCGAUCACUCGGAGCACUCCUAGCCCAAGAAAAUGAAGAAAAGAAGGAGAAUGUGUUGUAUUACUUGAGUCGAACUCUCACAGGACAGGAAUUGAACUAUCCACCGAUAGAGAAAAUAUGUCUCGCACUUGUCUUCGCCAUCCAAAAGUUAAGACAUUACAUGCAAGCUUACACAGUGCAUCUAGUGGCAAGAGCUGACCCAGUCAAGUUUGUGAUGUUACAACCAGUCUUAACAGGGCGAAUGGCGAUAUGGGCACUACUUCUCAAUCAGUAUGAAAUCAUCUACAUACUGACCAAAGUGGUUAAAGGACAAGCAUUGGUUGAUUUCCUAGCGGACCAUCCUAUCCCUGCGGAUUGGGAGAUUUCAAAUGACUUGCCGGAUGAAGAAGUCUUUAAUACAGAAGUCCUCCCUGCUUGGCAAAUGUUCUUCGAUAGGUCUUCACGAGCAGAUGGGGUAGGAGCUGGUGUGGUCUUCAUUUCUCCAUACAUUAACACUCCACAAAGGCAGAUAUUGCCUUAUGCCUUUACUCUUGGUGAACUAUGUUCCAAUAAUAUUGCUGAGUACCAAGCGCUAAUUAUGGGACUACAAACCGCAGCUAAAAUGAAAAUCUCAAAUCUAGAGGUGUAUGGAGACUCGAAAUUAGUAGUUGAUCAAUUACUAACUAUCUAUGAAGUAAAGAAAGAGGAUUUAGUUCCUUAUUUUCAGCUCGCCACACAACUUUUAAAGGGUUUUGAUGCCGUCACGCUAACGUAUGUGCCAAGAAAAGAAAAUCAAAUGGCAGACGCUUUGGCCAACUUAGCAGCAGCGCUGGCAUUGUCAGAGGAUGAAAUCAUACACCUUCCAAUCUGCCAACGAUGGGUCGUACCGACAAUCUCUGAGCUUUUGCAUGAAGACUCCAAUGUUGUCUCUGUUUACGUGAUUGAUGUUGAUGACUGGAGGUACCCGCUAAUUGAUUACCUCGAGCGAAAUAAGCUCUCCGAUGACCCAAAGCAACACUCGGACAUAAGACGAAGAGUACCACGCUUUUUCUACUACAAGGAGACUCUUUAUCAACGAUCAUUCGAUGGAUUACUCCUUAGGUGUCUAGGGAAAGAGGAAGCUGCUAAGGCUAUGGAGGAAGAUCAUUAA